AUGAAUCGAAUCGGUACUACAACCUCGGCCCCGGAUCAUGCCGCAUCAACGAAAAAGAAAUACAGACGAGAAGGCGGGAGAUGGUCUCGAUCAGGCUGUUUGACAUGCAAGAAGCGCCGGAAGCGAUGCGAUGAGGCUAAACCGAGCUGCCAUAACUGCACCAGAUUGGGAAAAACAUGUGAAGGAUAUGGAUCUAUGUGGGCAGAACCUUUGGAUCCAUUUGCGCAAGUGUUUCAGCCGGAAGGGCAGAAACGACGGAGGAUUAGUUCGUCUUCGCCAUACAGCUCGGAUGGGGUUUCGGAGGGAAGUUUGGCAUCAUCGACUACUUCGCCUGCGCCAGUGGACUUCGAUGACAAUCUUUCUUUAGAAAGUUACUCCCUGAGCGAAGAAAGCAGUCAGCCUGGAUACACUAGCCCCUAUGCAUCCCCCCAACCCAGCUUCUAUUUCACCCACCUUACCCCCCUCGAAACCCACUACCUUCAAUACCAUGUCGAACAAGGUUCCAAACUCCUCGCCAACCUCGAAACCACUGAAAACCCCCUUCGCUCCCUCAUAAUCCCGCGCGCACUAUCCUCACCACUCCUAAUGAACGCUAUGUGCGCAUUGUCUGCGAUGCAUUUUUCCAAUCGCUCUUUUGACAGCUUCGGUGUCGGCAUUGAUGCGCAAACAGCAGCGACGAAGUACUACAUCCAGACUAUGAAAGGGAUACGAAUGGCGUUAGCCGAGGAUCCUGGCGGAGGAGUUUCGGAUGAAGUGGUUCUGGCUGUUGGGCUUCUUUGCAAGUAUGAGAUUGUGCGUGGGAGCGUGAGGCAGUGGGCGGUGCAUUUGGGGGCGUUGCAGAGGUUGGUUAUUUCGAAAGGUGGGUAUGCCGCUUUAGAUCGGGAUACGGCGGAGUUUUUGUGUGGGUUCUUCACAUACGCGCAUAAUGUGGCCAAACUCACCAACCGACGGCAUAUCACGGGAGUCAUGCCGGAGGUUGACAGUGUGCGGAUUAGGAAACUCGACAUUUACAUCGGCUAUACAGAGGAUAUACUUAAGCUCUGCGUUAGAGCCUCCGAUAUCCCCUCUUUAGAUCCUUUAUCUCUGCAAGCAGAAGUGAACGAAAUUGAUACCUCCCUCCAAACCUGGUCACCCACAACACCAACAAACCAAUACAUAAUCCCGCAGGGAUUAACACCUUCUGUCCUACUUCGUCUACAAAUGGUCGCAGAAUGUUUUCGCGAUGCAGCAUAUAUCUAUCUCCAUUCCAUUCUCGAGCGCAUACCCUCCUGUCAACCCUCCUUAUAUCCCAUUUCGAUAUCUAAACAAGAAGCCCUGCAGCGCUGUCUAUCCCGCAUCGAGACCUUCCACCUCGAUCCAGAGUAUUGUGAGUACUCAGCAUUAACGUUCCCGCUGUUCAUUGCGGGGUGUGAGUGUCAGACUACAGCAGAGAGGGACCUUGUUCUGGGGGCGCUGGGGGCGUUAGAGAGAAACUUUGGGAUUGGAAAUGUCAGGAGGGCGAAAGAGAUAUUGAAUGUUCUUUGGAGUGAAAACGGGGAGAGGAGGCACUGGUUGGAUGUGUUGGAGGGGCUGAAGUGGGAUGUUAUUUUGGCGUAG